UCUCCUUAUUCCCCUUCAACGGGUUUCUCCAAUCUCAAAACCCUAAUUUUUUUUAGGGGUCUGGUUUUGGGAGGAGAAUUAACGAUGGUUUUCUACUUCAAAGCCCGGCCAGAGGCUGGCGAUUAUACCAUCUUCAUGGGAUUGGACAAGCACGAGAACGAAGAGCUCAUCAAAUACGGAUUCCCCGAAGAUAUCUGGUUCCAUGUUGAUAAAAUGUCUUCAGCCCAUGUUUAUGUGAGACUGAACAAGGGUCAGACCAUUGAAGAUAUCAGUGAAGGUUUAUUGGAAGAUUGUGUUCAGCUUGUCAAAGCUAAUUCUAUCCAAGGCAACAAGGUGAAUAAUGUUGAUGUUGUUUACACUCCUUGGUAUAAUUUGAAGAAGACGGCUUCAAUGGAUGUUGGGCAAGUUGGUUUUCACAACCCUAAGAUGGUCCGAACCGUGAGAGUUGAAAAGCGCAUAAAUGAGAUAGUUAAUAGAAUGAACAAGACAAAGGUUGAAAGGAAGCCAGACUUAAAAGUUUAUGCAGCUGAGCGAGAAGCAGUUAAUGCUGCAGAAAGGGCAGAGAGAAAACUCCAACUGAGAGAUAAAAAACGGCGAGAAGAGAUUGAAAGGCUUGAAAAAGAGAAACAGUCAGAGAUAAGGAGUUACAAGGGCCUAAUGGUCCAAGAGAAGAUGACCUCUAACAAACAGAUUGCAUCAACGACCAAGUCACUGCAAGAACUGGAAGAGGAUUUCAUGUAAUUCCAGCAAAAAAACUCAAUGGCUUAUUUCCACGAGGAAUCUGCCAGAAAAGAGAAAUCUGUAAGUUCCUGGUUCUGAUAUGUUUCAUUCAUGCGCGAAUCUAUGUGACCACCCUCUAAUUGGUUGCCGGUGGGAAAAGAGACUUGUCAAGCAGAAGAUGAAUCUUACAUAUUGUCCAGUUGAUUUAUGUCUCUCUUAAGACUUGAAUAAUGGGGAUGAUUGAUGAACAUGACAAUAGUAUUGUUUUAUUGAUUUUAUGCAAAAGUCCUGAUUGAUACUUGUUGCUUCAA